UACAGCUCUCUGCCCUGCCAGAGGACUUCAGGCAUGACCCGCAGAAGGAUUCCAGAGAGACAGACUCUACUGAAGACAUUCUGGCUCCCUGGUCAGAGCUAGCCAUGGAGAGGACUUCUACGUGCAUAUACCACUUCCUUGUUUUGAGCUGGUAUAUUUUCCUCAGUUACUACAUCUCACAAACAAGGAAUCCACAAAUAUCCACAAUCCUUGCAAAUGGCGGACAGUGGAAGUACUUGACAUUCCUUAAUCUGGUCUUGCAGCCCAUUUUCUACGGGGUCGCCUUCCUGGAAGAUGUGCUGAAAAGAAUUAAAGAGAAAAAAGACGUUAAGUUCAUAACUGCCUUCAAGUACCUGCUUUUCACCACACUGGCUUUUCCGGUAUCCGCAUUUGUAUUUUUGUUGUUCUGGAUCCUCUUUCUCUAUAAUCGAGAACUCAUUUACCCUAAGUUCCUGGAUGUUAUCUUUCCAGCGUGGCUGAAUCAUGCGAUGCAUACAUCCAUAUUGCCCAUCUCAUUGGCCGAAGUCAUCCUCAGGCCACAUCGCUAUCCAUCAAAGAAGACAGGACUCACCGUGUUGACUGUUGCCAGCUUUGCAUACAUGGGCAGGGUUCUAUGGAUCUACUCUGAGAUGGGUACGUGGGUGUAUCCUGUGUUUGCCAAACUCAGCCCAGUGGGUCUAGCAGCUUUCUUCUCUCUCAGCUACAUCCUUUUCAUCGGCAUCUACUUACUUGGAGAGAAGCUCAACCACUGGAAAUGGGGUGACAUGAUGCUGCCUAGGAAGAAGAUGAAGUAAUUACAUGCCGUUUUCCAAGAACUAAGGAGGAGAAAACAGAGUUUUUUUCUUUUUUUUUUUUCCUGGUAGAGGGAGGUGGUGGAGCAACAUAGGAAAG